AUGGACACGAACUCUAGCCAGAAUAGAUCCGUCGCCAAGGGGCCGAUAAGGUUCGAAAGUGAGGCUGCUCUGGAAGCCUUCAUCGAGAAGAGCUCCAGGCCCCGGGUUAGGAUGUCUGUUGAAGGAUUCAACCCUUUCCGACCUGCGGAUGAAAUAAAGAGAGAAUUGGUUAAUCACUUCAGUUCAUGUGGCGACGAAUUUAGGGUUAAUGUUCCCACUGACCCUAUUGUCGACAGACGUGCUUUUGUUAUUCUUCGUGGACAUGGCGCAGAAGAGAAAGCUUUGCAACUUAAUGGAAGUGUCAUCGGUGAUUGGAAUGCCAUUGUUAAGGUUGCACCCGAGGAAGAAGAGGAGGAAUACCUGGCGGUAUCAUAUUAUAGAGGAUCUCUCAUUAACGCCCUACUCAACGACAGGAGAUUUAUGUUUGGCGUUGCGGUUAGCGGGUAUGACACUUCCCUCCCUGAAGAUGAAGUAGAGAGAGCUUUGAGAGCACAUUUCUCUUCUUGUGGAGAGAUAACACAUGUUUACAUUUGUACUGGGGACGAGCGUGCUAAUAUCUAUUUUUCCCAAGAAGAAGGUGAAGCUUUGGCUCUGGGUCUUCAUGGAAGUGAAGUGGGAGGAUUCAAAAUAACUACUAGUCACUUAGCCACGGUCAGACCUAACCGUCCCGCUCCUUGUAAGGGAUAUACCAUUCCAGCUCAUAUGAUCGAGUUUCGCCCCGAGAUUAGGCGUAAGGUCAUGGCUUUUAAGAAGAUUAAGAGGACCUUGAAGAGGGUCACGGCCUUGAGGAAGGCUUUUAGGAAUGCAAGGAGGGAGGAGAAGGAGAUGAUGAUGAGGCCCAUACUCUCCCAAAAAGACUAA